AUGGAAUCAGUGAUUAAGAGGGAGUUAGGUUUGACGGUUCUUGAGCCAUUCGAUUGUGGAGCUGGUGGUUGUAUAAGUAAAGGAAGGGGCUACCAUUGUGACAAGUAUGGCGAUUUGUUCAUCAAAUUUAAUGAUCGUGAAAAUGCUAAGUGUAUGUUCGAUGGGGAAUUCGCUAGCUUGGAAGCGAUUCAUAAUACGCAGACAAUACGUGUACCGAAGCCAAUUAAGAGUAUAUCCGUUGGAGAUCAGCACUGUUUGGUAACAGAGUAUAUUGACUUAUAUGGUGGUCCAAAAUGCUCACAAUUUGGUACAGACUUGGCACGAUUGCAUACACACAAUGCUAAUUUGAUGAAGAAAAAGGAGCAUGCAAGUUCUUUUGUUGGGGAACAAGAAAAGAUUGUUGAACCAAUUACGCAGUUUGGAUUUCACGUUACUACUUGUUGCGGUUAUAUACCGCAAAUGAAUGAUUGGAUGAACAACUGGGUGGAGUUUUUUGCAAGAAAUCGACUCAAAUGUCAAGUUGAUAUGCUAGUAGAAAAAUAUAACGAUAGGGACUUGUUAUCAUUAUGGCCUCAGUUGGAACGGAAAAUUCCAGCUUAUUUCAAAGAUGUUGAAAUAAUUACUCCAGCUCUUGUGCAUGGAGACUUGUGGUCUGGAAAUUAUUCCUAUUCUGUAAGUGAGCCAGUAAUUUUCGAUCCAGCUUCAUUUUAUGCUCAUAGUGAAUAUGAAUUGGGUAUUAUGCAAAUGUUUGGGGGAUUUAGCAGUGAUGUUUAUCAUGCUUAUCGCAAAAUUAUUCCUGAAUUAAAAGGCACUCGGAAACGUGUUCUGCUUUAUGAAUUAUUCCAUCAUCUGAAUCACUGGUUAGUCUUGUACUUUUUUUCAAAGCAGUCGUGUAGUGAUUAUGCCACUGUUUGCAAUAUUUGUUAA